AUGACGACUAACUAUGCCACCGUCGCUUCUAUUCUCAUGCCAGUCAUGGAGAUGAAUCCGGUGACAGCCAUUCUUGGCGUUAUUGUUUCCCUCCUGGUGCUGUUUGUUCUGGCCAUGACCUAUGCAGUGUACACUCACAGGGCUUCGAAACAUGUGGAUAUCAAGGCAUUAAAGGCACUCAAAGUCCCCAAGGACUCUCUUUUUCGCAUCUUUCAGCCUCAUCUGGUACCCAUGGAGGAAAUCAGUGCUAGAGGAUACUCUGCUGUCCUUGCCCUUGUCCAAACAUGCAUUGGUGUUCAACCCACUUCUGAUACUGUCUUGGAGAUUUGGAAACCAGCCUUUCAAUGCUACAACUUGAUUGUCCCCAACUUUCUCAAUCUACCCAGUCUACUACUGCCUGGAUAUGACAUUCGUGACUUGGUACCCCUGUCCAUGACGCUGCCACCAAUGUGA